AUGGAGCAGAAACCCCUAAGAGUGCCCAAGCUGGCCGGGGUGGAGGAAGAGGACAAAGGCCCUGGAGCUGCCCCAGGGCAUGAGACUGAAGAAGUGGUGCCAUUCAAGCAGCUGCAGGAGGAUGCAGCCCUGGAGCGGACACAAGAACCCGCCCGUGGCCGCUUCCGCAGAACAGCGCAGACCAUCCGUCAAUUCAUCACGUGCAUUUGGCAGGAAGAGAGCACAGGUGUGGGCACCGGGAUCUUGGCAAGCUUUCACCUCUUCAGUGCCGAGACCAGUGCUGCCAUGCUGGAUUUGCUGGUGGAGAAGGGUGUCUCCAAUGCAAAGCAAGUGCCAGCCAUGGUGAGGUACAUCCACCGGUGGCUCACGGCCAACGAGUCUGCUGAGCACAGGCUGGACAAGGCCCUUCUGGAGCUGACCAAGGAAUACCCCUCUGACGUGCUGAUCACUCUCUUGCGCUGGGCCCCAUCGUGUGACAGAGCUGCCGUGACCAUGUGGGGGACCAUCAUGUCCUCGAGCAGGACCGCCGAGCCGGCGCUGCAGAUCCUCCUCGAUGAGCUGAGCGCCUGGCCAGAGGACAGCGUGUACACCUCUGAUGGGGACAGCACAGGGGUCUUUGCCCUGGCUGCAACAGUGACAAUGUGGAGGGUCUUCAAUCUGACCUGGUGCCCACCUGUAGUGCAGGUAUAUUUCCCCAAACUCCUUCUGCGUCUGCUCUUCCAAGCUUACAUCAGCACGCUGGAUAUGCCAGAAGAGGUGGAUACCUUCUGGAAGAGAUGCCAGGAGCAACACGGCCUUGCCGCCCACCCCAACAGCUUUGCACUGCAGACCCUGAAGGCCCUGCUCUGCCAAAUGCAGUACGAUGACGUGGUGCUAGCAAUGGAACGCAGGUGUGCCUGGAACAUGCUGCUCUGUGCCCACACCCACCACUAUGCAGUGGGUCUGCUGGCCAGGGAGAUGCGCCGUGUCUCCAUCAUCUGGCGCUGCAGGAUCGCAUCCUGCCUCUUUGACCUACUCAGCCAAGACAUUUCAGACUGGGAACUGCCCGCCCUGACGUUCCUGGUGGAGGUCCUGGACUGCCUGGACUUGAGUGAAUGCGGUGAAAAGGUCCUGCAGAUCAUGACAAGGCACCUGAAGAGACGGUCCAGAGAGAUGCGUCGCGUGGCGCUCAGAGGCCUCGUGGUGCUCAGCCAGGACCCCUCGAUGAACCAAAGAAUGUACAGCCUGACUGAAAGCCUUGGCAACCUCCUGCGGGCCGUGGAUGAAGACAUUGUUGAGACGACCAUCGUUGUUCUCAGCUCUCUGCUCUUCAACAAGGAGAUAGCAAUAGCCAGCCCCAUCGCCCUGCAGCUGGCUGAGGCGCUCUGGCAACUCUUCGACAAUGUAAAGCUCUGUGCCCCCAGCCAUGGGCACCGGGCGCCGCCUGGAAGCCCGGUGCCUUGGGCCUGUUCACAGGGGGGCCUGAAGCAGCUGAUGUGGAGGGGUUUUGCUUCCUUUCCAACAGGACAACAGCCAUGUGAAGCUGCUCUCCGUUCGCCUCUUCCAAGAGGUGAUGAACUUGGUGGUGGCCAAGGGAAAAAAGCCCCUGAAGAAGCAUGUGAGGCAGAGCCUGCUCCCACUCUUCUUCAACUGUCACGAUGA